CUCCUGGUCCUACUGGAAGACCCGGACUCCCAGUAAUAAAGGGCCAACCAGGAGAGAAGGGGGCUACUGGAGAUGCUGGGCUGUCCAUCAUCGGUCCCCGAGGCCCCCCUGGUCAGCCAGGUACUCGAGGUUUUCCUGGAUUUCCGGGUCCCAUUGGACUGGAUGGCAAACCGGGACACCCGGGACCAAAGGGGGAGAUGGGUCUGACAGGCCCCCGAGGACAGCCGGGACCUCAGGGACAAAAAGGAGAAAAGGGGCAAUGUGGAGAGUACCCACACCGGCUGCUGCCUCUCCUCAAUUCAGUGCGACUGGCACCACCCCCAGUCAUAAAAAGGAGGACCUUCCAGGGUGAACAGGGCCAGACCGGCAUCCAAGGUCCACCAGGGCCACCGGGCCCCCCUGGACCAAGUGGACCUCUGGGGCACCCAGGACUGCCAGGGCCCAUGGGGUCACCCGGCUUACCUGGACCUCCUGGACCUAAGGGAGACCCAGGAAUCCAGGGCUACCAUGGCCGGAAGGGAGAACGGGGCAUGCCAGGGAUGCCGGGCAAGCAUGGCGCCAAGGGGGCUCCGGGAAUCGCCGUGGCUGGGAUGAAGGGUGAGCCGGGGACCCCAGGAGGCAAGGGAGACUCAGGAGCGGCAGGGAAGCCAGGGCCCCCAGGUUUGCCGGGAAAGAGGGGGCAGAGGGGUGAGAAGGGGGCUGCGGGAUCCCCUGGGCUGCCUGGCUUCCUGGGGCAGAAGGGAGAGAAAGGCGAUGCUGGCAACUCCAUUGGAGGAGGCAGAGGGGAGCCCGGCCCCCCAGGGCUCCCUGGGCCCCCAGGGCCCCCAGGACCAAAGGGAGAAGCAGGUAUCGAUGGCCAGACCGGCCCCCCAGGACGGCAAGGAGACAAGGGGGAGCUUGGAGCAGCUGGAGAACAGGGACCAGCUGGCCCCAAGGGCUCCAAGGGAGAACCAGGGAAAGGAGAGAUGGUGGAUUACAACGGGAACAUCAACGAGGCACUUCAGGAGAUCCGAACGCUGGCCUUGAUGGGGCCUCCUGGUCUUCCUGGGCAAAUCGGCCCACCUGGACCUCCAGGCCAGAAGGGGGAGAUUGGACUGCCAGGCCCUCCAGGACACGAUGGGGAAAAGGGACCUCGAGGCAAACCAGGAGACAUGGGCCCCCCUGGUCCCCAAGGACCCCCAGGAAAAGAGGGCCCUCCAGGAAUGAAGGGAGAAAGUGGACACUCAGGAGAGAAGGGGGAGAAAGGGGACACUGGAGAAGCAGGCUCGCCGGGUCUAGACGGCCCAACUGGGGAGAAAGGAGAACCAGGUGGCCAAGGCAGACCCGGAGCGACAGGAUUGCCUGGCCCAACUGGGCUUCCGGGAUUUACAGGACAGAAGGGAGAACCUGGGGAGAAAGGUGAUGCAGGAACAGAGGUUCCCGGGUCACCAGGGCCAGAGGGACCUCCUGGACCUCCGGGGCUCCAAGGUGUUCCCGGACCAAAGGGGGAAGCAGGGCUGGAUGGAGCAAAAGGAGAAAAGGGUGUCCAGGGAGAAAAAGGAGACCGAGGGCCCCUGGGACUACCUGGAGCUUCAGGUUUGGACGGCAGGCCUGGGCCACCGGGUACUCCAGGACCAGUUGGAGUUCCAGGCCCAGCAGGACCAAAGGGUGAAAGGGGCAGCAAAGGAGACCCUGGGAUGACAGGACCAACGGGAGCAGCUGGGCUUCCUGGCUUACAUGGACCACCCGGGGACAAGGGAAACCGGGGACACCGAGGUUUUAAAGGAGAGAAAGGGGAGCCGGGGUUACCAGGGCUGGACGGACUGGAUGCCCCAUGCCCAUUGGGUGAAGACGGCUUACCAGUCCAGGGCUGCUGGAACAAGUGAUGCCUCUAACCUUGGAUUGGCCUGUGUGUGUUUGUACAUAGAAUAUUUAUUUUUAUACAGUUUUCACUUUUUGAAAAUGCCAGAAGUAUGAUGCAUCUUACAGAUUAUUAAAAAAGAAAAAGAAAAACCUGCAUAUUUUGUACAGAAAAUAUCAACCUCUUCCCUUUUGUUUACGAGAUGUUUUGUAUAAGUCUACGUUUCUAAUACACUUUUUGUUUGUGAGUAUGGUUGUAAUGUUUGCAUGAUAUUUGUGCACAAUUAUUAAGUAUUGAAGCUUAAUAAAUUAUUGUGUCUCA